UGUCAGAUCGCACUUGACAUCGUUUUCGAUUAAUUCUGACUUACCUGUAGGCACGUUCCAAUACAACUAUCAUCCCGUUGGUACUGAGCUCUUGAGCGCUUGCGUACGGCUCAAGGCUCCGUUAUGCCAAGCCCAUGGACCCAACAAACCAUUGACGAUGAACUAAACACAGGCUUCACAAACCUACUUGCCACCUCAGAGGGUUUGCUGUCUGGAGCAUUUAAGACACAGUUGACAACCUAUGAACUCUCCUCAGCAUCUAAUUCGUGCGCAGCUCACGAGUGGAAAGAUCAUGAGGCUCGACAUCUGACCCCUCGCAUUACAGAGGUAGCUACCAGUCAACCCCACCUUGGCUCGACAUCUUCUCCAAUGAAGGGGCUUUUCACGAUGGGUUCGUCGCCCCUGUCAGAGGAGCCAACUCGGAGACCAGGGUGGGGGGAGGGAUGUAUAGCCAUGUGUUCUUCGUCCGCUGCGUCUUUCGCCUUCGUGAUGUGGGAUGUUCUGCCCAUAUUUUUUUCGGGACUGCUGUCGACCCUCAUUAGAAGGUUUCCUGGCAGGUCUCCGCUGUGGGGCAGAGUUGCGUGGUGUUCUGGUGCCUGUCAGGCACCACACCCGCAACUCCUUCCGCGAGGUUGCCAGGCCCUCUGUAAUUGCUGGGUGUAAUAACAAGGACUUGGUAAAAUUCUAUGGUUUUCAUACGGAAGUUUCGGACGCCGAGUUGAUGUCGCAGCGAUGCCGCUCACAGCAGGGAGGGCAGUGAUAUACAUAGUAUGUCAGGAUCGAAGCCCGACUGGAUUGGGUCACUAAGCAUGAAUCAGCUUCACGCACGUAUUGGUAACCUAGAUUUAGCACGACAAAGAGCGCUGUGGCAAGUACCAUAAACAUGAUCACUGACGUGAGAUUCACUAUCGCUGUGACAACAUAUGUGCCAUGUUAUCGGCAGGAGUUGCUAGCACGGAUGACGCAGUGCACCAUUUUACCAGAGACUUGUCUAGAG